GAAAUCAGUCGCUUCCCUUCUGGACUCAAGUCAGCAGAAGAGUGAACUUCAUAUUAAUAGGUAAAUCCUACAUCAAGCGUAAAGGAAGUACACUUUUUUUGAUUCGGCGCUUAAUAACUCGUACUUGACGUUGGUUUCGGUUCGAUCAACUAUCCUUUUUGAAGCGGAUAGUUCACAGUGCUCAUUCUCAAAAAAAGCGGAAAAGCCAUGAUGUUUCCACUCCAUUUUCAUUACGAAGAUGUAUUACGUCAGGAUCUGUUGCUCAAACUGAAUCACGCCAAUGUUAUGGAAGUUCCUGGAUUGUUUGAAAUAAGAUUAGUACCAAAAGCUGCCUCUGAUUUCAGAAUCCAAUUUGGAAAAUUGGCUAUGGAGAUUUUGUGCGGUCAGAGAUUCAUACAGACACAAAGGGGCCCCUAUUUUCAAGCAGGAAAGUCGUUUCGAUCCAAUCCAUUCUUGGGGUCCGAAAAAGACACUGGAUAUAUACGGGAAAACUCCAUCAAAUUCUUUAUGGAAACGGAGUUUUGCGAAUUCUCCCCGGAACUGGAAGAUCAUUUCGAGAUCUUCGAGCAUAUUCGAGGGUUCAAUGUGACUAUUGUCACUUCGGCCAAUACAAAAGAUGAGACUUUACUACUGUGGAGCGGCUUUUUGCUAAAAGAUGAGGGGGAAACUAAGUAAGAUGCCGGAGAAGCGACGAAAUAUACGAGAUCACAAACGUAGAUUGCUCGCGGCUAAAUAUGAAUUGAGACGAAAGCUUUCUAAUUUUGUAACCCGAUCUUCCGUCUGAUAUGCGGGACAAACAUCGUUAUAAGUUGUCCAAGUUGCCAAGAAAGAGUUCAAUGGCACGAGUAAGAAACCGAGGUAUUUUCACGGGUCGCCCUCGUUCCGCAGUUGAGUUCUUUCGCAUUUAUCGUA